AGCUCAGUCAUCAGUACAUCCCGCUAACACAGAAAGGCUAUUAAGAGCUCACUGACUGCUCUAAAAACGGCUCUAAGUAACUACUCGCGGCACCCAGCCAUGUGUCUGGCACCCUGCAAGCAAUCUCGCCAGCGGCCAAUCCUGCCCGCCCUCUCCCUACCAGAGAGCACCGAGAGUGGCCCCUGCUCCCGACUAUCAGGGCGCCCGACCCGCAAUACUCUUCCUGAAAUCUUUACCUUCGAAGUGGACUCCGUGAAGCCAGUAGGUGCCCCCCGAAGAAACCCAGUGGGGGGCAGAGCCAGGAGACCACGUAAGGUGCUGUACCCAUCCAAGGUCAGUAGGUACCUCCCUCCUCCAGAGACCGACCGGGCCCUGCGCUGGCUCUAUGGGCUGUGUGUGCUGCUGCUGCUGCAGGUGUGUUCCGAGGAGCCAGAAGUCAGCACCCUACCAGCUGUCCAGCACGAGCCACAAGCCUGGCAAAUGCUGGAGAAGAACCUUGAACUCCGAGCAACCUGGCCAGAGGACAGCCUACAACUCCCAGCAGCCUGGCCAGAAGACAUCUUACAACUCCCAGCAGCACACGCCAUUCAGCCAGCUAUUCACAACCAGACAAUGCACAUCGCAGCACCCAGCCACACGGGCCUGAUCUGCAACCUUCCUCUGUUCCUUCUCAAGAUCCAAAGCUGAGCAUCCAGCUCCAAACUGACAGCUCUGACAGGCAGAGAGUGGGGACUAAGCCUCGUCUGACCCUCUAAGCCCAGGUGGCCUGGAGGAAAGUAUGUUCCUGCCAUUGAAGGGGAGAAAUUCAGAAAGAGCAGCGAGAGAUACAAUAUAACAAGCUGGAAGUCUCUCACAGUGUGUUCUGCUCACUGAUACUUGUAGCAAUAUGUGCAUGAACUGUACCUGUCUAUACACACUACAGACUACAUCCCAUGCUAUCGCUCUGACCACCUGAUAUGCUUGAUAUCACUCUAUGAAGAUCCCUGCUGAAUAUUCAGGGAGAGACUUGUUGAUCAGAGAAUGCUGAUACACUUGAUCCUGGUCUAUUACAAAUACUGGGACUUUCUCUAUUAGUUUCUCUGCACUGUACUGACAUGGAAAUUCAUAUUUAUUGCACUUUUAUUGUAUUCCUAUUUAAUUAUUGUCAAUUAUCACUAUUUAUUGUACUAUUUAUAUGAGAUAUUUAUAGCAUUGUUCCAAAUGCUGGAUGAGUCAAUAAAUUAUUUAAAUGAA